GGCCCCCCGGAAACAGCGCCCGCGCUCCGUCGGGCCGCCAUGGAGGACGAGGCGGCGUGGAUGGAGCGGGCCUUCAGCAUGGCCCAGGAGGCGCUGGAAGCCGGGGAGGUGCCCGUCGGCUGCCUGCUGGUGUACGACGGCGCGGCGAUCGGGAAGGGCAGGAACGAGGUGAACGAGACCAAGAACGCUACUCGACACGCAGAAAUGGUGGCAAUUGAUCAGGUCCUUGAGUGGUGCCAGCAGCACAAGAAAGAUCACGAGGAAGUGUUUUCACACUCGGUAUUGUAUGUAACUGUAGAGCCUUGCAUCAUGUGUGCGGCUGCCUUGCGCUUGAUGAAAAUUCCACGAGUCGUAUAUGGCUGUCGAAAUGAGCGAUUUGGAGGCUGUGGUUCAGUUUUGAGCAUUUCCUCUGAUGAUAUCGUAGACACGGGAGAACCAUUUGAAUGCAUUGCUGGCUAUCGUGCCAAAGACGCAGUGGAGAUGUUAAAAGCUUUCUACAGACAAGAAAAUCCCAAUGCACCAAAAUCAAAAGUACGGAAAAAGGACAAUCGUAAGUAGUCCUAUGGUGACGUGAGGGAGAGGUGUACAGAAAUGUGAUACGUGAAGUUUUCUUCGGUGUGUUUCUCAGGAUGUACAGUCAAAUAAAACCAUAUUAAAUA